AUGGACGACAGUGUCCGGAAGAGCUGGCAGUUGCAACCUGAUCAACUGGAGCUCAGAAAUCCGUUGUGGCAAGGAGGAAUUGAGAAGUUAUCGGAGACGAUCGCUGCUCGCUUGGGUUACAAGGGUGUUCCAUUGAACUGCGUCCUCUACAAGCUGCUCGUGUAUGGAGAAGGAGGUCACUUCCUGAAACAUCAAGAUACCGAAAAGGAGGACGGAAUGAUUGCGACAUUGGUAGUCCAGCCACCAAGUACCCACGAAGGCGGAGAUCUCGUAGUGUAUCGAAACGGACAAGUGGAACACCGUCACGAUUUCGGCAAAAUCGACGGCACUGCAGCUUAUUUACCACACUACGCCGUGCACUAUUCGGAUGCUGAACAUGCUCUGGAGGACGUGACGAAGGGGUAUCGCCUUGCUUUGGUGUACUCAAUUUGCCUUCCAUCGUCCUUGCAGAGCUUGAAACGAGACCCCAACGUGACCAUGAGCGAUGAACUCGCCAACGCGUUCAAAGAAAUGGGACCGGACGACGAAUCAUUCGCGCUGCUACUUUCACACGAGUAUACUAAAAAGAGCAUUGGGGAGUUGGGAUCUGGAGCUCUAAAAGGUAUUGACAGUGCACGAUUCCGGGUUCUUGAAGAAGCGAAUGAGUCUGUUCCAGCUGAUAAGAAACUUCGCGCUGCACUGGUACUUGACUAGCGGAACAGAUCUGGGACACUGGAAAGACGAAAUUCUGUCCAAGAAACUCAAUUUUCUGA